AUGAUUUCCAUGCAACGCUCCCUCUCGUCGCCCGUUCGCAUACAUUCUUCCUCAGCUCCCCUCUCCCCCGACGACGAGAAGCUCCCCACAAGCGCGAACUCGAGAUCGCCGACGCCCUCGCUUGACGACCAUGCCUCUUUCUCCCGGCGCAUGCGACGCCCCUGCUCGCCGAGCCCCCCGCCAGUUCCCAACAUCAAUGUUUCGCUGCCUUUGCGCCGCAAUGACGACGCACCAAGGCGGCCUCUCUCACAGCAGUAUGGCGCGACAGCCAGCGCCAGGAAGCCAGUGAUUGCUCAACCCGUGACGCCCUCUUCCACAUCCCCCGUCAAAGCUGCUGCUCCCAAGACCCCCCCGUCUGUACCUUCUGACACCGGCGCUGCUCCUUUUGCUCCGAGUCUUCUUCCAGAGUUGUCUCAGUACUCGAGUCCGUUCCAGGCACACGACAGUUCCGAUGGCACUACUUUGGAGGAACUCGCCCACCUGGUUCGAUUAUCUAAGUACCAGGAGCGCAAGCGCGCCAACACUAGGAUCCGUUUGCAAAGGAACCUGAUUUCGACUGCUCUGUCUGCUCGACUGACUCGGUGUGGUGAGAUUGCCCGCAGGAACCUAGCAGAUUGUUUCCGCAAGGACGACAAGAAAGUAUUCGGGCUCCUUUUCAACGCCAUUCACGAUGUACGAAAAAGCUGCGAUGGUCUCCGUCAGUACGCUCUUCUGGAACCCGAAAUGGAUACCUUGUCCGAUAAUUUGGAGGCUUCCUCAAGCACACCUGUCUCUGCUGGUCCCUUGGCUGCUGUUGCACCAUUUCUUAACGAAAUACCGGCCUCAGCAAGGGAGACGUUUCUUAACUUUCUGAACCAGAUACGGACCAACCCGGAUUAUCUAGCUACUAGGCUUUGCACCCUGACCACCGCUGAACUGAAUGCCCUUACCAGCUUCCAUCAAGUACUGGAACCUAUCGAGUCUGUCCUGCCUUUCCAUGGUCGACCCGCCCCGCGAACCCACGCAUCCGGCAACUCGAGUCGAUAUUCGACGCAGCAGAACACGGCCAUCGAGCGCCUACUCUCCUUUCAACGGCAUGAUCCUCUAUCGGCUCUCAUACAUACCUGCUUCGCCAACUCGGCUGGGCCAGACAGCGCAGAGGAUCGGAGACGAACUGAUAUCUGGGCAACCGCCAUGGCCAAGCUGAUUACGGAUUCCAGGGCGAACAAAGUCCAAAGCGAGCACAUGCUUAUUUCUGUCAUGAAUGUCUGGACGACCAUGCGUGACUGGGCCGGAAAAUCCAAUAUGGAAUGGUAUCUCAUGAAAAUCUUGGAAGACGGCGCUUUUCUCCUGGACCGUGCCGAGGACCAGCACGGGACUCGCUUCAACCUUUCGGAUUGGACCCCCAAGGAUAGCAUAGCUGCUGAGGAGUUUUAUGAUCGAGCUGUCAAUGAGCUCUUUGACAUUGUGGACGAUGAGGAUGCGACGGGCAUACCUGAGGGUCUCCUCGAACUCGGUAAUGCGAUUCUGCGGCGAAUUGACAGCAAACUGGUCGACAGUACCAGGAAUUGGUUCGUUUGGAAAUGGCUUUUUUCCUCUUUUCUCCUGCAUGUCAUCAUUCACCCGGAAAGCUUUGGUAUGAUGGCCGACUACCACAUCACAGAAUACGGCCGCCAAACCAUCUUGAAGAAGGUUGCCCUGAAAGCACAGGAGCUAGUGGUGAACAUGACGUGCUACAAGAAAGGCACCAUGUCAGUCCCCGCGAAGGUUCAAGACCAUGUCGACAACAUUUUGGGCCGGUUCAGAGGGGCUCGGCCGCAGCGGCAGAUGGCCAAGCUCCUACCCGCACGAUCCAUCACAUCGCUCAGGGAGACUGUUGAAGUGCAUCCCUACCUGGUCAUCAGCCCUGCAGAUCUAGUCACUCUAGUCAACGCUCUCUUUCCCGAGCGGAGGCCAAUGUCAGCCCACUCCAGUGGGCUCAGGUCUGGUGCCCCGUCAAUCUCAGGCAUGUCUGGCAUCUCGCAGCCCAUAUCGAUGGGUGGUUCGCGCAGCAACUUCGAAACGACAUCCGUACUCAGUACCAGUGCCUCUUCAGUUGUCAGCGAUGCAACGACCUCGCAGGGAACUGCCUUUGAUGAUCAUGGUGCGGGCUCCCCUCAGCGUUACUCGCCGCCAGCCCUGGAUUCGGCCGCCCAACAGCGACUCAAUGGCUACGAAGACGAUGGCUAUCGCCUACGCUUCGCCCUUCGGGAGCUGAGUGCCGCUCUUGGCAUGGAAACCGUCCAAGGCUCAUGCCACCCUUGUGCAGAUCGUUGGGCGGUACUAUUCAUUUCCUCGGACGGCAACAGCUUGUCUACGCAAAUGACAUACGAUCCCGAGGACGAAAUCGAGGAAGAAGAGAACUCGUCCACCAGCGAUACGGACGAUGACGAAGACGAUGGAAGACCGGAGCUAGACAAGGACUACCACCAACUUCGUGACUCUGUCUUGAAACUGGUAGAGGAUUUUGAGAUCCCACAAAGUAACGAGCCAGAAGCAAACCGGGCACAGUUCAGUAACCGGGCCACCGGCAUCAAGAGAUACCGAUCGAAGAACAAGGUAGUUACAACUGAGCGGUCAACGCCGAAUCGGAACCCAUAUCGCGGGCGAGACGCCGGUCAGGACAUUAAGAGUCCAGCACCCGAAUAUUCUUCGGGAAACUCGAAAAACGACGAAGAACCAGCGCCAUCCUCAGAUUCUUCUUCUGUACUGGUCGCCAUGCUGACGGCGGCAUCAGCACAGUCGCGAGCUCAGUCUGAUUUCGUGUCCGCGCACCUGUACUGGAAGACGCUGCAGCAGCUCAACGCUGUCACUGCAACGUCCCUACGUCGUGAUGGAUUUGCUAUACUCUUGAAUAUCUUCUCGCGCGGCCCUCGAGAUUCAAUACGUCGAUCUGCAUCCGGAAUUGAAGAGUACGAUGCUUGGCUUGUUUGGCUCAAGCAAAGCCAGGAAAGGCACGAAGGUCUCAUUGAUGGCAUGAUGAGGCGCCUGCGGGCGCUCCGUGAUAAGAUGUGGUAUGUCUCUGACGUCCGCACCUCAGCACCCUACGAACACACCCGCAACAUUUGUGCAGCUUUAAAGACAAUGGGUAUGCCUCGUCGAUGGGGUACAUUUCAACGCAACAGGGCGCACUCGGCUCGUGGCACCGCCAAUUAUCUCUACCGCACCGAGUCACAGAUCAUGGAUCUAUUGUGCGCCUCAGAAGAGCAAGGUGGGCCGAAUAAGCUCAGCGACGACCAAGCUGACAAGACAUCGCGUUGGUUGGAGCAGGCUGAUGUCACAAACUUCUGCCGCGGUGAGGAGAGAAUCCACAGAUUCUGCUGCGAGGUCGACACAUGUAUUUCCAAGCUCGUCGGCGAGUCCAUUAUGGAUGGGCCUGUCCUAUGGUCGAGCGAAUUGUACCUGCGGGACCGCAAGACGCUUGAAGGGUUCAAAGGCGGUCGCGAUAGGGAGCCGGGCUGGGGCCAUGGCGCAGACGAUGCCGCAAGCAUCAUCAGCGAGCCAGAACGCAGGUUCAACAUUCACGGCAGAUCGGUUGCUAUGCCCAGGGAUCUUAGGAGCAUGUCGACGCACAAUGCAAGCCAGCAAUCAUUCGAUUCAGGAAGCUAUCGAUUCUCAAAGGCCAGCACGGCUCUUUCAGAUAUCAUAGACGGGCAGGACUAUUUCGGCGCAUCGUCGCCCGUUCACACUAUUGACUCGAGCUCGACAUUCUGGUCGCCCUUUCAGUCUGCCAUCUCCCCAAGCACUGUGGCUUCGAGAGCACACUCGCCUACGACGAGCGUGACGAACCUGUCAAGCACAUUCCAUGCUCACGGCCAAAGUGGCCCCUCCUUCUCGGGCCAAUCUACCGGACGACCUGGAACCUCAGCGUCAUCAAAUGAGACAGUUUAUCAGCAGCGCCUGUCCGAGGAGAAGACACGGUUCUUUACCGAUCUGCGGCAGACCCUGACCAGUCUCCUUCUUUCGGAUCUGGGCAACUUCGUCUUUGCAUCUGGCGCCGAGACUGAUGUAUGGUUUGAAAGCCUAGGCCAAGAGUGUAUCGAACGACGGAAUGCGCUCGACAGGCGGGCCAAAGGUCUACCGUCUACACGUGGCAAACUUUCGAAGGCCUCAGGAAAGCCACGCGUGAUUGAGAAGAAAAAGAGCUGCGGGGAUCUAAGGAAUGCUGGGGAGACCGACAAGAGCCCCGAGACGACCGAGACUGCGAGCAUUCCAGGAACCGACAGUACGACCACACCAGUCGAUACGGCCUCCACUCGCCAUCGUCCCAUAUUGAAAGACAGCACACCCGAGUUCCCCUACAAGAAGGCGUAUCAGCGCCUGUUGCGCAUGUUCUGCGUCCAUCCGAACCCGUAUGCCAAGCUCAACGCUCUGUAUGAGCUUGAGCAACUCAUUCUCGCGUCCCUGGCCACGGGUGGGACAAAGCGAUCACGGAUGGGCUGGAACCCAGCCAGCCCGCACGUCCCUGAUAAUGACGGCAGUGGAGGAUCCGGUCGGCCCACUCCGCUCGAGGAUGACAUGGAUAAUGUUAAGGAACGGCGCUCACAUGCUCUGUUGCAGUCACCCGUUAUUUCUCCAACGAUUGCCGGAUCGCUUCCUUCGCGAUUUGGCAGUCUUGACACUCGGACCGUGGGAGUUCCAAAUCUUCACACCGACGCUGUUGUAGACGUCUUGCGAACGCUCUUACGCGAUGCCUCGAUUCGACCCCAGACGCUUUUCAGGGACUUGCAAUUCAUCGCGGCUUUCGUUCAUCCUGCUGUGCUCGACAAGACAGACAAAGGCAAAGCGUUUUGGGAUACCGGGCUGGCCGCGCUUGGGCUCAAGUCAGAAGUGUGCAGGACGAUGCUUGAUGUGGCUGACGAGGUCCAGAAGGCCUACAGAAGCACGCAGGAGAGGGGCAAGGAACCCCACGCACAGAGUUCGGAUUCGUUAUCACAACCGAGCUCACCUGCUCCCGUAACAACGACUUACAGCCUGGCCGAUGCAGGCAGAAUGUGGACCGUUCUCGCCAAGGAAGGGGAUACUGCCGCCCAACGUGAGCUUGCCCUCUUUUAUCUCAUGGACCCAGAAUUGCUGGAGCGUACAACGCUGCCCCUUUCGAAGCCUCGCGAGGUGUUCAAGCAAGCCGUCAUGGAUAAGUAUGGACGAGGUUCAAGGUCCGGCGCCAGGUUCUACCCCAGUGACAGGAGCCGAUCUGGCACCACUGGCAAUAUAUCUAGUUCGGGGCAUGAGGGUGGAGCGGAAGAAGGAGCAACAGUGUGGAAUGACCCGUCACUCAUGUGUAUCGCGAUCCACUUCUUUCAAGCCGCCGAACAGGGAGGUGAUGGUCCAGCCACGGCGUUCCUACAGCAGAACGACCUUGGUCUGAGCCGGUAA